AUGGAUCCAGAAGAAGGAUAUCUUAAGGCAAAGAAGCUUCUGAAAGACAACUACGGACAAAACUACAAGAUUGCGGCUGCAUACGUGGACCGGAUCACCCAAGCAUCGCCAAUUAAAGCAGAAGAUGGCGUAGGCUUACAGAAGUACUCCGUGCUACUGGCUAGUUGCAGAAAUACCUUGAAGGAGAUCGGAUACAUUAGCAGAGUGGAAAAUCCUGAAAAAAGAGUCCCUAGUGGUCGUCUUAAGUUUGUUCGCAAAAGAGGACUAUGUGACAACUGCUUGUUUCAAGGACAUGUCGCAAAGUCCUGUCCAAAGCCCAGUUUCUGCAAGGUAGCCGGCUGUCAGUUCAAGCACUCAACAUAUCUGCAUCCAAGAAGCGGAGACAGCGGUGUGGACAAGUCGUGUGGUCCUGAUAGCCCAAAUGAAUCAACUGAUCGAUCAGGUGAUGAAGGAUGCGCCAACAAUGGAGCGCGAAAUGGUUGCGUUAGUGCUACCCAAACUGAAUGUGGUGUCAUCGGGGCCGGCGUCUCUACAACAGGGCUACCAUUGGUCCCUGUGAAAGUGAAAUGUGCUGGCUCGUUUCGAGUGGUGCUGACAUAUGCGUUCCUUGAUCCUGGUUCUAACACGACAUUCUGUUCAAAUGAACUGUUGGAGCAACUUGGCAUCACAGGAAAGAAAACAACAUUAUCUUUGACAACCCUACAGAACGUACAGCAGACGACCAGAUGUAGUGUGACCAGUUUGGAAGUUUGGGAUUUAAACGAAGAGAACUUAGUGGAACUUCCUACUGUUUUCUCGACCGAACGGUUACCUGUCGAUAGAUCUAGCAUUCCGCUUCAAAAGGAUGUUGACAGAUGGCCUCAUCUCAGAAACGUAAACGUACAGGAAAUCGAUGCCGCCGUUGGCUUACUAAUCGGGAAUGAUGUACCAAAGGCAUUGGAACCGAAGGAAGUCAGAGAGAGCAGUGGCGCAGGACCGUACGCCGUGAGAACAGUUUUCGGUUGGACGAUAAAUGGCCCGCUUGGAAGAAAUAAAACGGCUCGUCGUUGCGCGAACUUCAUUCGAUCUGAUCAUGACCUAAAUGAACAGUUUCAAACGUUCUGCAAUAUGGAGUUCAACGACUCUGUAUAUGACACAAAACUGGAGAUGUCGGUAGAGGAUUCUCGUGCUCUUGGCAUGAUGGAAGGCUCGGUUCAGCUAAAGGACGGACACUAUGAAGUGGCUUUACCAUGGAAAAAUUUCCCGCCACGUCUGCCAAACAAUCGUCCAUUAGCGGAACAUCGCCUGAACCUUUUAAAGAAGAGGCUUCUCAAAGAUCCUCAACUGCUUUCAAAGUAUUCAGAAUUCAUGGAUAACAUGCUAAGCAGGAAGUAUGCUCGCAAGGUCCCUGAGAGUUCGAUAACCCAACCUAAGUUACCUUUAUGGUACUUACCCCACCAUCCCGUAAUCAAUUCAAAUAAGCCCAGCAAAAUUCGCGUGGUUUUCGAUUGUGCAGCAGUUUUCCGCGGGACGUCACUCAAUAGUCAACUAUUACAAGGUCCAGAUCUAACAAACAGUCUUGUUGGAGUUUUAAUUCGCUUCCGAACGGAUCCUGUGGCCUUGAUGGCGGAUAUAGAGGCUAUGUUCCACCAAGUCCGCGUUACACCAAGCGACUAUGACGCAUUACGAUUCCUCUGGUGGCACCAAAAUGAUCUUGAUAAAAACCCCAAGAAUUCCAGAUGA